AUGCAUUCAAUACCCAGUAACAGUGACAAUGAACAAAGGUCAGCGAAAAAACUACUAACAGAAGAAUAUCUAACGAUCGGCGUAGUUAGAUGCACUAUCGAAAAAAGAAUAAGGAUGAGCCAGUGUUACAGAUGCUGGUCAUACAACCACAGAAUUAAUGAAUGCAACGGCCCAGACAGGUCAAAACACUGUUAUAAAUGCGGCGAAAACGACCAUAUGGCUAAAUAUUGUGAAAAUUUAGAAAAAUGUCCCAUAUGUAACACAAUAGGACACAAAGCAGGAACACUAAAAUGCAAAGCCUUUAGGACAGCAUUAACAAGAGCGAGAAACGAGGAGAAGAAAAAACAAUUACAGACAACGAAGAGGAUAGCCCAUUAA